AGUAGUAUUCGAAUUGACAUUUUGAUCUGUUUUAAGUGAAAACAAGCGUUUUACGUGUUAUAAUAAGUAACUUUAUCGUUAAAAUAAUGUGAUCACUUGAUAUGUCUAACAAUUUAGAUACUAAUACAUAAGAACAAAAUGUCCGUUCUUUUCGUGAAUACACUUUAAUUUUUUCUUCGAGGAGUCUAAGUUUUAUUAUGGAGUUCUUUGUUAAAUCAAGUAAUGAUAGUGAAGUCGAAGGAGACAAUGGUGAUUUACAAAUUGCAUCACCAGGAAGCUCAGAAGCUCAACAGGCACUCACACAGUUUUGGCCAAAAGUUAAUGAAGAAAUCAAAAAGAUUACUACUAUGGACUUAAAAACACAAUCCUUACCACUUGCAAGGAUAAAAAAAAUUAUGAAAUUAGACGGUGAUGUUAAGAUGAUUAGUGCAGAGGCUCCCAUGUUAUUUUCUAAGGCUGCAGAAAUAUUUAUUCAUGAAUUAACGUUGAGAGCUUGGGUACACACAGAAGACAAUAAAAGACGAACUCUUCAGAGAAAUGACAUUGCAAUGGCUGUAACUAAAUAUGAUCAAUUUGAUUUUUUGAUUGAUAUUGUUCCAAGAGAUGAGUUGAAGCAAAGCAAAGCUCAGUCAGAUAGCACUGUUCGAACUUCUAUGAACUCUGAUCAAGUACAGUACUAUUUCCAGUUAGCUCAACAACAGGUGUCAGCUAAUCAAGGUGUUCAAGCCAGCACAGCAGCAUCUCAACCUAUUCAAAUAGUUCAACCUUCUACAGGUCAAAUCCAAACAAUCAAUAUUGGUAGCCCUGUAGAUGACACAACCACUAGUACAGCUCAAACACUGACAGUACAGAAUCCUCAACAAGGUGGACAAGUUAUACAAAUACAACAACCUCAACAAACUGCAACUACGGCAAAUGGAGGUAUACAAAUAGUUCAACAAAUUGUCACACCUAGUGGUGAAAUUCAACAGAUUCCUAUUCAAUUGACACCUCAACAGUUACAAAUGAUUAGGAUGCAAGUUCAGAGUGGAAAUAAUCAACCAAUAAUUAUUCAAGCUACACCCAUUCAAACUCAACCACAGCUAAUUCAAGUUGCGCAAAGUGGUCAAACCCCAGUAUUUCUGCAAACUAGUACAGCUGAUAAUGAAUGAUUUCCUUAGAUUAUUUGAUCAUCAGUUUUUAAAAUAAAAUAAUAUAGAUUAACUUUGCAUCAGCGUGAUCAUUGAUGUUUCAUCAGUUAAUAUAUAAGUAAUUGUGAAUAUCAGUCACUCUCUAUCAACAACAUCGAAAUCUAUCAAAUAAAUAUUUUUUUAAAUCAAAAGUUAUCAACACCCCU